GGCGGAAAGUCUCGAGGAUGCUGUCGCUCUAGCGGUCUAGGGAAAUCGGAAAAUCGGAAAGUCGGAAAGUCGGAAGACGGACCUCAACGAACUACAGAUCGGGCCCAAAAAACCGAAAUCGAGUCGAGUGAUAAAAGAAACCGCUGGGCAACCAAAAAAAAAAAAAUAAUAAAAAAGGAAAAAGAUAAAGGCAAGGAAAUGGAGAGAGAAAACCGAGCGCGCAUUAAGUGAUAAUAAAGUAGCGGCAAUCAUUUUAAAAAUUGUGUGCCAGCAGCUUAUGCAAAUGUAAAAGUCGCUUAAGAGCCAAUUCCCAAAUAUUUCUCAAGUUUCGCUCGCCAAAAAGAAAAAAAUCGAAGAAAAAGCUAAGCAAGCAAAGCCGCAAUUUAAGUGUGCUGUGUGUGACCAAACAACUUACAAAGCCACCAACAAAACCCAAAAAAAAACCAAAAAAAGCAAAGGACCAGGGAAAAAUAAAUCUGAAGGAGUGGAAGGAAUUGUAAGCCGCAAAUGAACAGCGACAAAUGCUCGGCCCUCUUUUUUGCAGCACAAAUUAUGCAAAUGCUGCGCUAAGUGCGGCAAAAUGCUCGAAAUGCCAGCGACGACAAGCUACAACUACAACUACAACUGCAGAAAAUAAGCGGAAAAGCAGAAUUAGCAGCAGCAUCAGCAGCAGCAACAACAACAAGUGGAGUCCUGUUCUGCAGGAAUAGCAAGGAUAUAGCAAUAUAACAACAACGCAGCAACGCCAGCAUCAGCAGCAGUAUCAACGGGCUGCAAAAUGCGCUUUGGCUUAAAGUUGAGCUGCCUUUGGCCAAGCUUUUUAUUAUGGCUAACAUGGAGCAGUGGCGGCAUGGGUGGAUGGGGAUGGGGAGUCAGCGCACAGCCAUCAUUAACCGAGAAAAUCCCAUUAGGUGCCAUUUUCGAGCAGGGCACCGACGAGGUGCAAUCGGCCUUCAAGUACGCGAUGCUCAAUCACAACCUGAACGUCUCAUCCCGCCGAUUCGAGCUGCAGGCCUACGUGGAUGUGAUCAACACGGCGGAUGCCUUCAAAUUGUCACGACUGAUUUGCAAUCAGUUCUCAAGGGGCGUAUACUCGAUGUUGGGCGCAGUUUCGCCCGACUCCUUUGACACACUGCACUCCUACUCGAACACCUUCCAGAUGCCCUUCGUGACGCCCUGGUUUCCCGAGAAGGUGCUUACGCCAUCGUCUGGCUUCCUCGACUUUGCCCUCAGCAUGCGUCCGGAUUAUCAUCAGGCCAUCAUUGAUACAAUACAAUUUUAUGGCUGGCGCAAAAUAAUUUAUCUCUACGAUUCCCACGAUGGUCUGCUGCGCCUUCAGCAAAUAUACCAGGGACUGCGGCCCGGCAACGAGUCCUUCCAAGUGGAGCUGGUCAAGCGCAUCUCUAAUGUCAGCAUGGCCAUCGAGUUCCUGCACACGCUGGAGCAGAUCGGCCGAUUCGAGAACAAGCACAUCGUCCUGGACUGCCCCACGGAAAUGGCCAAGCAAAUACUCAUUCAGCAUGUGCGUGAUUUGCGACUGGGCCGUCGCACCUACCACUAUUUGCUGAGUGGUUUGGUCAUGGACGAUCGCUGGGAGAGCGAGAUAAUCGAAUUUGGCGCCAUUAACAUCACGGGCUUCCGCAUCGUGGACACGAAUCGGCGGCUGGUGCGUGAGUUCUAUGACAGCUGGAAGCGCUUGGACCCCCAGAUGAGUGUGGGCGCUGGCCGUGAAUCGAUUUCGGCCCAGGCGGCGCUCAUGUACGAUGCCGUGUUCGUCCUGGUGGAGGCGUUCAACAAGAUCCUGCGCAAGAAGCCCGACCAGUUCCGGAACAAUGUGCAGCGUCGCAGUCAGACGCUGAUGGUGGCCCAGGCGGCGGCCUCCACGUCCAGCGAUGGCUACAACUACAGCGCCAGCGGCGGUGGUGGCGGUGGUGGUGGUGGUGGUGGUGGAAAUGGUGGUGCUGGAGGUGGAUUCGCUGGAAGCGAUUCUGGGGGAUCCGGUGGCAUGGCCUCACGAGCACUGGACUGCAAUACGGCCAAGGGCUGGGUGAAUGCCUGGGAGCACGGCGAUAAAAUAUCGCGUUAUUUGAGAAAGGUGGAAAUCGAGGGCCUAACCGGGGACAUCAAAUUCAACGAUGAUGGCAGACGCGUCAAUUACACGCUGCACGUCGUCGAGAUGACAGUAAACAGCGCCAUGGUCAAGGUGGCCGAGUGGAAUGACGAUGCCGGACUGCAGCCCCUAAAUGCCAAGUACGUACGAUUGCGUCCGCACGUGGAGUUCGAGAAGAACCGCACCUACAUCGUGACCACGGUCCUGGAGGAGCCCUACAUCAUGCUGAAGCAGGUGGCCUUUGGCGAGAAGCUGCACGGCAACAACCGCUUCGAAGGAUACUGCAAGGACCUCGCCGAUCUGUUGGCCAAGGAGCUGGGCAUUAACUACGAGCUGCGCCUGGUCAAGGAUGGCAAUUACGGCUCCGAGAAAUCCAGUGCCCAUGGCGGCUGGGACGGCAUGGUGGGUGAGCUGGUGCGCAAGGAAGCGGAUAUUGCGAUUGCCGCCAUGACGAUUACCGCCGAACGCGAACGUGUCAUCGACUUCAGCAAGCCGUUCAUGUCGCUGGGCAUCUCCAUCAUGAUUAAGAAGCCAGUGAAGCAGACGCCCGGCGUGUUCAGCUUCAUGAAUCCUUUAUCACAGGAAAUUUGGGUGAGCGUCAUCUUCAGUUACAUCGGCGUAAGCAUCGUGCUUUUCUUUGUGUCGCGCUUCUCGCCACAUGAAUGGCGCCUCGUGCAACAGACGCCGCAGCUAUCACAGUCGCCAGAUCCGCAUGCACAUCACGAACAGCUUGCCAAUCAGCAGCCGCCCGGCAUCAUCGGAGGUGCACCACUGCCCCCUCCGCCGGGACCACCCACUCCGGGUGCCCAGACGGCAGCGGGAGCAGCUGCCUUGCAGGCGGCCCUCUCCGCCGGAAGUCCCGGAUCCGGAGGCUCCUCAUCGGCGGCGGUCAAUGAGUUCAGCGUGUGGAACUCCUUCUGGUUCUCGCUGGCCGCCUUCAUGCAGCAGGGAUGCGAUCUGUCGCCGAGGUCCGUGUCCGGACGAAUAGCAGCAGCCUCGUGGUUCUUCUUCACCCUGAUACUCAUCUCCUCGUACACGGCCAACCUGGCCGCGUUCCUCACCGUGGAGCGCAUGGUCACGCCGAUCAAUUCGCCGGAGGACCUGGCCAUGCAGACGGAGGUGCAGUACGGCACGCUGCUGCACGGCUCCACGUGGGAUUUCUUCCGGCGUUCCCAAAUCGGACUCCACAACAAGAUGUGGGAGUACAUGAACUCGCGCAAGCACGUCUUCGUGCCAACCUACGACGAGGGUAUCAAACGUGUGCGCAACUCCAAGGGCAAGUAUGCCCUCCUGGUGGAGUCACCCAAAAACGAGUAUGUGAACGCCCGCGAGCCCUGCGACACAAUGAAAGUGGGCCGCAAUCUGGAUACAAAGGGAUUUGGCAUCGCCACGCCGCUCGGUUCGGCGCUCAAGGACCCCAUCAAUCUGGCCGUACUCACGCUGAAGGAGAACGGCGAGCUGAUCAAGUUGCGAAACAAAUGGUGGUACGAGAAGGCGGAAUGUAGCCCCCACAAGGACGGUGAGACCUCGCACAGCGAACUGUCGCUGAGCAAUGUGGCCGGUAUAUUCUACAUCCUGAUUGGCGGCCUGCUCGUCAGCGUAUUCGUGGCCAUCCUGGAGUACUGCUUCCGCAGCAGGGACUCGCGCUCCGCGUCCAGUGGUUCCGGCAUGGGCAUGGGCAUGGGACUGGGCGGCGUGGGCAGCGGCAGUCUGGGCAAGGCCAAUGGAUCCAUGAUGUUGGGUGCGACAAGCGCCGUGCCCGGCGGGAUGCCGUCCUCACAUCAAAGGAGCACGCUGACGGACACCAUGCACGCCAAGGCGAAAUUGACCAUUCAAGCGAGCCGCGACUAUGACAACGGACGCGUUGGGUAUCUCAAUUGCGCCUCGUUGCAGUACUAUCCGCCCGCCCAGCUCUCGGCCACGCCCCCCGACGCCGGGGACUCCCUGCACAUGAACGCCCACGGGCAGGUCUGACACGAGCAUGCGCAGGAGUCGCGCCUCUGACGCACUCCCUGCGCGCCCACGAUCCGCCGGAUAAUGGCCAACAGCCGCCAGGAGACGGAGAAGAUGAUGGGCGGCGGCCACGGCGGCACAGUCACCGUAUCCGUUCCGGCCACCUGCUCCAGCAGCAUGAACGGCAGCCACGAGGGCAGCCUCACACUGUCGCCGGGCAGCGGGAGUGCCACCCUGAUGCGCCACUCGCCGGACAUCAACCAGCCUCCGUAUGGCAAGUAAGUGCUCGGAUGGGUUGUUAGCUAUAAGGACACCUAGUCGUAAGUGCCGGACGAGAAGCCGCAAAGCAACCAACCACACGCAGUCACACAUGGGCAAAAGUUUAAAAAAAUGCUGCAUACCUUAAGGCGCGAAAGGAUUUCACACAUUUCGGCAAUUUUCACAUUUAAGAUUUGACUAGGGAAUAAUAGGGAAUUUUUACAAGUCGACUAAUUUAACUGUAUAAUUAUUUAAAGGCUGAUUAAGCCAUAUGUUUAAAAAAUUGUAAGUAUUCUUUAUCAUAACCCAAGAAUGUUAUUACUAUGCAAUUUAAACUUUAGUAAACAAUUCAACUCAUGAAAAAGACAAAACCCAGUUUGGAAAAUGCACUGCAUUUUGCAUGCAACGAAUUUAAAUCAUUAUAGCCAAAAAUGUUUGCGUAAUUGAAAAGUGCAAGUAAUUUGAAAAUUAAAGCAAAUGCAAAAGUAAAAAUGCGCGAAAAAUGUGUUGAAAAAUGCAUAGCGCACUUUGGGAGCAAAAUUGAUGGUUAUUAAUUUGCAAUAAGUGCGCAAGAAUUUCACAAUAAAUCUCAUAGUUCGUGUGAUGCAGCAAAGAAUGCAGCUUUAUUUAUGCGGCCGCAUUCAAAUAAUUGCGCUGCGCAAUCAUUUGGCAAACAAUUUUUUUAGAGCCUGUCGGCAGGGCAAUGCAAAUGAAUGGUAUAAAUUAUUGCAUUACUGUUAACAGUCAGCUGAGCUGAACUGAGCUAAACUGAGCUGAGCUGGGGAGGAUCGGAUUGGAUAGAAUGAGAGGAGAUGCAGUCAGGUGGAUCGGUGAAAUGAGAGAUGCGAGGACAAACAAGCAAUUGACAACGUACAUGAGGCGGAAAGGACAACAUGCCAAACACAAAAAUAACCAUAAACACACACACACAUAAAUACGCGGCCAGCUGCAUACUCACAUAUAUAGCAUAUGAAUACAUGUAAACACUGCAAUUCAUUGCAUUCAAAUGACUGAUUAAUAUUUUUAAUAAACAACAACAAAUGCGCCGCAACUCAAUAGCUAAAAGGAAAAAUUGUGAAAACACGCACAAAACAUGGGAUAAGUGUUCAAUUUUUUUUCCUCCUCAAUUAUCAUGGCAGGAUUUGUUGUCGCAUAUUUGUUUAUAAUUAAAUUACAGCAAAUACUGGCUAGAAAAAAAGGCUAGGUAAUGAAUACAAAGCGAGUGUCAGGCGGGGAACCAAACACAAAUAUUGUAAUAAAUUAAUUAGCGCUGAAUAAAGAAAAUAGUUCAUAGUUGGACUCGUGGAUUCAGCAUAAAUACGACUAACUGAAAAAAAAUCAGACAAGUGGCUAAAUAGCAGAAUUUUAAUUAAAUUUAUUUUAAUUGAAAUUGUUUUGAUUUCUGAGCUGUGCGAGGUGAGAACAAUUUUUGCAGAUUAUUACAUUUUGCUAGUUUAAAUCCACAUUUGUUUUAAACCAGAUUUAUUUAUAUAUUUUUUUACCCCAUCCUGAUGAGGUCAUUUCUGUCAUUUUUUAUUGCGCCCCCAGUGACUAGUUACUAACUAUUAGGAUAGGCUAGUUAUAGCGUUUGAAUUGUGAGGCAAUUCAAAGCAACAACAAAUGUCGCAUACUUCCGCAUUGAAAUUGGGCAAAGCAAGCAGGAUGUAGUUGUAAUUGAUAAUUGUAAAAACUAAUUAAUAAAACCAACUCUAACUGUAGUUAAAUUUUAGCAUAUUUAGUAUACUUUGCAUUGGCAUGGGUCACGUUCUUAAUUGUACAUAAAAUAUGCGAAAUAAUUCGGCAAAAGUUGAGCAUUAAAACAAUAAGUGAGGAAAGGAGAGGAAUGCGAAAUACCAUAACAAUGAUCAAGUCAUAUCAAAAGGCAUUCCAAAUGGUACUAAUAAUAUCCAAAACUAACAUUACAACAUUGAACAAGCUGUUAAAUCCAAAAAAAAACAUUUAAAACUAUUGUAAAAUAUUUAUGAAUUUAUCGUUGUUAGCUCAAAUAUUGUAUGUGCAUAAAAUUGAUUAGAGAAUUUAUUUUUAAAACCAUUUAAUACUUCGGUUUACGCUUCCCAUUCCCUAUGGUUUUUCGGGAUGAUUGGGUGCCGAUGCUGAUGCCAUUGCCUAAAUGUUUUAUAAGCCGGACUGGGAGACUUCAAACAACAACUGUUGCAGGUGAAUUGCAUUUAAACUCAAUUUCAGUUAUUUAAUCUAUGACAAAAUCAAAACUGAAAUCAAACAAAGCCGCUAAAGUGCAUAAAUAAAUUUAAUAUCAAUAGUAAACAGAAAAUUCAAAUAAAACUACCGAGAUAUAUGUAUGUUCAAGUGCAGGAGUAAAUACCUAUAAAUAUAAAUGGUAAACUGUCUAAGCAAAUAAGUAUUUAUAUAUAUAUAUAUACCGAUGCGUUUGCAAGUGGAAAACUAGAAAUGUGUUGCUAGGAUGAACUACGAAUCAAAUCAGAUAAUAAAAACCCAGAGACAGAGCCAAGAAUUAAUUGACACCGCCACACCCAAAGAAAAAAGUGGGGCAUUCAAGCGAAUUUUGCCCCGGCAACAUGACUACAAUAUUAAAGAAAUCAAAAUACAAUUAGUAUUAAAAUGCAUAGCCGUAAGUCAAAAUCAAAUUGAAAUUCAACCAAAAUGUACAUUUAUUUUUUAGCACCUUCAUUUAAAUUGAUUAAGUUCUGACUUUAAGCCCGGGAACCUUUUGAGAUGCCAUUUUUAAUCUCCCCUUUAUGUACUUGAAGUCUUGCUUAAACACGUGUAUAAAUUUACAAUUUAUUUGUAAUAUAUUACCAAAGUAAAUACAUGAAAAUGAGCAGUCGUCGCGUCGAAGCGGAACAUUUGAUUUGAUAUUUAUUAACAUUUAGCAAACAUAUUGUUAUCGAAUUGCAUUUAACUGCCCGAAACCGAAGUGAAAGCAUAAUGAAUGCAAACAAAGAUGGUAAAUAAAACUAGCAUAAAAAUAAACAUUUUAAA